AUGACCAAUAAUAAAAAUGAGGUGCACAAAAUAUCACUUUGCCCUCUUCCAGCGAUGAACAUUGAUGAAUCCACUAUUGUUGGCAAUGGUGAGGUUGUUGAGGCAAUCAUGUCCGAACAAAGGAUUGAGGCAAAGGAUCCCAUUCACAAUAGCAAAGUCAAGAUCUUUGCAGGCGACCAAUUAUCUAUUGCACACUUAUGGACACUUGCAAAUAUUCAAGCUGGUCAAGAAGGAGGCUUUGCAAGUAUUGGUUGGGGCAUGUGGAUGCCAGGGCUAUUCCAUGCAAAAAUGGCUGAUAUGCAUGUGGAUUUGGUAUUUGUGUCUUUAUAUGCAUGUGUUCUAUAUUGCCUAUUCUUGGUCAGUUCAGUAACCUCACUCAAAGGUGAUAUGGUAUUUGAAAAUGCUGUGCUUUUUUUUUGUGAUGUUAUUAUUUCAAGGGAGAUGACAGACGCAGUCAAGGAUGGAGAUUUAGGUCGGGUGAUAAUAGCCCUCAGUUACCGAGGCACAGGCUGCUCAAAAUAUGCAUAUGAGAUGCUGUAUCCAAUACACAACUUGUCAUGUGUUUGGCCAGACAGCGUAGUAAAACUGGUUCUCAGUAACUGGCUGGUGAAUCCAACAGGGAAACAGAAUAGCUUUGUUGAAGUGGACUUAAUGCAAGAGCAUAUGAACUGUUGGAUAAAGGUAUCACCAUGUGUUAACAUCCUUCGGCAUCUGUCAGAAACAAUGAGUUCACUCCUUGGAACAAAACAAGGACUAACACAUGAGCCGUUGGACUUAACAAGAGACAUCCUAGUACCCAUGUCAAGUCUCAUAGACCCUGAAGUAUAUUCUAUUACGCAUGGACGACAGCUUGAUGAGGGUGAUUUACCAGUGCUGGAUGUCACAACCAUUGGUCUUCAGCAACUCACAGACGCAACAAACAACCCAAUUGAGGAGUACAAUAAGGUCUUUAAAAGACUUCAGGCUCGUUGGAAAUUACAGCCAGCCAUAGGACCUGGAAGCACACAGCCUAUAUCUGCACCAGUUGCGGAUACUGAAGCAACAAUGACACCAGUUAUGAAUGACUUACCAGGAGAAUCCAGUACAGUGGUUACUGAAGGAAUUGCAGGAGAUGAGGACACAGAUAUGGAGGAAGAGGAGGAAGAGGGAGAUUGUGAGCACUCAGCCAGGGAAGAUGAGAGAGAAGAGACACUCACACUUGAAGGGCCAGAGGAUAUUUUACUUAAUAUGGAUACAGAGGAUAUGGGUGGUGUCAACAUGUACAAGGAAAGCAAAGAAGGAGAUGAGAUAGAUAUUGAUAUUGACACAAAUACCAGUUCCAGUGAUUGUGAAAUGUAA